AUGCCCGACCUAACUUCCACUUUCUAUCCUCGCAUGACAAAGAGGCCACCGUUUACCGUCGAGGUUCCGGAUGCCGUCGACAAUGCGUGUGAGGCUCGUCCUCGUCGCUCCCCUGCGGCAGCAAAUGGGUUACUUGCCUCCCCUACAGAUGACGUGAAAACAACGUAUGACAUUUUCCGGCAAGCUGCCCGAAAGUUUUCGCACGCAAAAGCUGCAGGUACUCGCCGGGUCAUAAGGAGUUAUGAGGAGAGAACUGUGGUCAAAAGGACGGUUGACGGUGUUGAGAAAUCCGUGCCGAAAAUUUGGACACGCUAUCAGCUCAGUGGCUACACAUACUUGUCGUUUUUGGGGUACGAAAGCCUUGCGCUUGAUCUGGGUUGUGGAUUGAGGAGGCUCGGUCUCGGAAAGGGCAACAAAAUCCAUCUCUAUGGUGCAACUAGAGCCGCAUCGCAGUCAAUUAUUGUUGUAACUGCAUAUGAUUCCUUAGGUGAACAAGGACUACAGCAUUCACUGAACGAGACUGAGAGCACAGCAAUCUUCAUAGACUCUCAGCUUAUACCAUCGUUGAUGAGAGUCUUGAGCCAUGCCCGAUCUUUGCGCCACAUCAUAUAUAAUAACACUGCGACAAAGCUAGACGGCGACACCUUGAAGCAGUUACAGUCUGACUUUCCGCAUAUUACGGUCAUCGGCUUUGACGAGCUUCGCAGGUCAGGAGCUGAGUGUCCCACUGAGCCUACACCACCGGGCAAAGAUGACCUAUGUUGUAUAAUGUACACGGCAGGGUCUAUGGGCCCGCCGAAGGGCGUGUGCUUAACACACGGUAUGAUAGUGGCAGCAGUCGCGGGUAUGGAUGCGGUCGUGGGGAAACACAUUAGUCCUCAGGACGCAAUAUUGACGUAUCUCCCCCAGGCACACAUUAUCGAGUUCGUUUUUGAGAAUAUGUGCCUGUACUGGGGUUGCACUAUGGGAUACGGUAGCCCUAGAACGCUCUCUAACACUUCAGGCUGGGAUUGCAAGGGAGAUAUUUGCGAGUUUCGACCCACGAUUCUCGUUGGCGUACCUGCCGUGUGGGAAUCAAUCAAGAAGGGCGUUACUGGGGUUAUCGCCGCCAAAGGUUGGCUUAGCAAUUGCAUCUUCUGGGGAUCUCUCCGUAUUAAAUCCUGUCUCCUUGCCCAUUCUUUCCCUGGGAUUGGUCUCCUUGACUCUAUGGUCUUCAAGGCUGUGAAAGAGGCCGCUGGUGGGCGACUGAGAAUCAUGAUGAACGGCGGCGGGCCAAUUUCCAAAGACACUCAGAUAUUUCUCUCCUUGGCGAUUGCUCCUUUGAUAAAUGGGUAUGGAUUGACAGAGACAUGCGGUAUGGGUGCAAUCAAUGAUCCUCUAGCAUGGGACCCCGAUUCGGUUGGCGAGCUUCCGGGUUCUGUCGAAAUCAAGCUAGUGGACCUCCCUGAAAGUGGCUACUCAACGAAACAUAAUCCUCCUCAAGGAGAGAUCCUGAUUCGCGGCCCAAGUGUGGCAACUGGGUAUUACAACAAUGAGUUGGAGACCAAGGAAGCUUUCACAACAGAUCAGUGGUUCCGUACUGGUGAUAUUGGAGAGUGGGACCUGAACGGGCACCUGAAAAUCAUUGACCGCAAGAAGAAUCUAGUGAAAUCUCUCAACGGUGAAUACAUUGCCUUGGAGAAACUCGAGUCAAUCUACCGAUCCGCGGCCGUGGUGCAGAACGUGUGCGUUUACGCGGCCUCAAAUCAACGACAACCGAUCGCUAUCGUUGUACCCGAUCGGCCUGUGUUGCAGAAGCUUGCCCUGGAUCAUCCCACAAACAACACAUGCUCAAUAGUGAUGCAACAGCUACAGGAAGCCGGUUGGGCUAGUGGCCUGAAGAGUUUUGAAAUCGUCUGCGGGGUUGUCAUCUCUGAUGAUGAGUGGACCUCAGAGAACGGGUUCUUGUCCGCGGCCCAGAAGCUUGUGAGAAAGACAAUAUAUACUCGCUUCCAAAAGGAGAUCGAUCAGGCUUAUGCGAGGUGA